AUGGCUGACCCCGACCUGCCCCAGCCGAGAUACCACCACAUCGUCUUUGUCCAAACCGACGAGGAGGACGGGUCCGGGGUCAAAUUCCACGUCGUCGGCGACAUCACCAGCUUCGGCGGCAUGAAGUACGAGUCGAUCGAGUUCGGCAACCCGCUCGACGACCCAGCCUACCACGGCAGAGACCUGCUCGGCCGCACCGUCGCCGAUGGUUUCCGCCGCCGGACGGAGCUGGUCAAAAUGUGGAAGCCGCUCGCGUUUUAUGCGCCCGGCGAGGAGCGCCGGCCGCCCUGGAAGUGCACGGAGUGGACCAUGGAUCAUGCCAUUCCGGCCCUGUGGAAGCAUGGCCUGAUCGUGGACGCAAAAAUGCGGGAAUAG